CAAUAUCCCUUUAAUCGUCCAAGUCAAUUUACUUAAUUAUUCCAUUGGGGCUAAACAAACAUCAUAGAAGUUCGAUGACCGUCCAUAUCGUCCCUAUAAUAAUUUAUUAACGUAGCUACAUGACGAAAUAAUUGGUGUACUGAUUAAUAUUCAUAAUACAAUGUUGCCAAUAAUAAUUUCAGGACGAAAUCUGGUCGAAAUCCGAAGCCUUGGAGAGCCUAGUUAAAAUGCUCAAAGAACCAGGAACUUGUGAAACAUUGGAACCAGGCCCUGCCGCUCUACUAUUCGAAGCUCUUUUCGCUUGUCAUCAUAGAGAUCGACUACAUACUUUAGCUGAUGAUGCUUUGACUAUUCUCAUAAGUGGUAUUAGGCAAGGAGUUUUAGAGCAAUGCCUUCAAAGAUUGAGCGUGAGUAUUUGUAAAAUGGGUGCAUCCUCAGGAGUGCGUUGCGCUCUAGUGAUAAUGAAAAAACUACCACCUAAAAAACUGCAAGCUGAAAUAUUGGCCAAAGGGUUUAGUCAUAGGACUAGAGAAGGUGCUCUACAAAUACUUAUGGCUUGUGCCAGGCUUUAUCCCAGAGUAGAUGUAGAAGUAGCUAAAAUAGCUGAAUUUGCAGCUAGAGCUUUGAGAGACAGAAGAAGACGGGUGCGACAUGCAAGUUUAGAAACACUAGCAGCAAUUGCUCAAAUAUCUUCAGUGCAAGAAGUUUUGAAUUUUGUCGAGGCUGUUGUAAGCGAUUAUCAGGAUUUUGAUGAAAUAAUACAAGUUGUGAGAACUAGGUUAUCAAGAAAACAACUCCCUACAGUAGAUUUGAAUGGCUCAAUAAGAUAUUCCUCUCCAACAGAACAAAGUGAAUCUGAUUGGAUAGCAGGAGGUGACCCGUUGAAGAGUACCAACGCAACUUCUUCUUCUCCUUUAUCGUCAGCAUCUUCCAGCACUCACUCAGUGAAUUAUUGGAUGCACAAUUCCAGGCACGAGGAUGAUGCUGGCUUGGACGUCAAUGGGUACAAAAAUGGAAAAUCAAACAAAGCUCCCAGAGGAACUUCUCUUCGGCCUGUUUACAUUUUACAACCUGACAUUGAUAAUGGAAAAAAUGGUAGAGGUCAUAGGACGUAUGAUAGAGGCCGGUCAUUUUCACCUCCGAAACCUUAUAGGACGCAAUUUCAAGCAGCUGAAAACAACAACAAUCAUAUGAGUGGUAGUUUUACUGAUGUUAACAAACAUUUUGGUUGUUCAGAGUUCAAUCCGCGUCUUUAUCAUCCAGAAUCUGGACCGUCGUUUCGUCCACACGGUUUCCGCAAAAGCUUUUCCUCCGAUCAACUUUACUUCAACAACCGAUUGCCUUCCAAACACGAACCUUAUUCGUUUUCCUUAUCCAGUAGAUCGUCUUCUACGUCAACAGGAUCUUCAACGAAAAGCGGCUUUUGGGGUAAAGAUUUCCGAUCGGCGAUUCCAGUUCCGAUUGCCGAAACAAAAUUGAAAAUCAGACAUAGCACUUCGUCGAUUGUGUCUUCUGGGGGACCUUUGAUUGCUAAAAGAUCCGCUUUAAGUCCUCAACAAACCCCUAAAGACAAUGACUCAAUCAGUCGUUUGUCUUUGGCUCCACCUCGCAGGGCUUCAUCGGGUUCCGAAUCUUCAUCGGGGUAUUUCACUCCUUCGCCCCCCGAAAAACAUCCACCCGCUUUUAUUAAAAUGGACACGGAGGAGCGGCUCAGUUCCGCCGAUAGUCAUCAUUUAGAAAAUUGCGAAGAUUCUUUAGCCAAUAAGUCAGCAGUCAGUGAUGGGAGUUUGAGUGCGCCGGAUAAUCAAGAGGAAAAUAACAUUCCAACGGAAGUGAAUGAUUGUUUGGGAGAAGCUAUUCACGAUAAUUAUCCUUCUGUGGAGUCUUUGAAUUUGAACCAAGAAACACCAGAAAAACGUCCUCCUUCUAGAGCUUCAUCAACAGAGCCUGCUACAAUAGAAGCAAAACAAAAAAGUAAAUCCGUUGUUGAUUUGCCUAAUUUUUUACCAAAAAUCAAUUUGGCCAGAAAAAACAUUAAUUCAGCUCCACCAAGAAACGAAGAUUCUAUUGCAAACAACAACUAUCCAUCAGAGGAUACUUGCGAUAAUUUGCAACUUCCACCAAUGGAUUUUGAAAUUGAAAAAGAAACAGCGGUUACGGUAACAAAGUCUAAAUUGGAACGGAGAUUUUCUAGAAAUAGCAGCAGAAAAUCGGUUAGAGUAACACCCAGGACUGUCCUAGAUCCUACUCCUCGGCCACCCAGUAAACCAAAAGACCUUCUCCAACAAGUCCUGCACCAAAUGGAAAACCCCAACAAUUGGGAGAGCACCGUGGAAGGUCUCCAAAGCCUAACCAAACUGGCCAGACAACAUCCCGAAGUAAUCGAACACCAAAUGCACCACGUUUGCAUUUCUCUGGCAAAACAAAUCAAAAACUUACGAUCUCAAGUAUCCAGAGUCGCUUGUAAUACAGCUACCGAGCUGUUUUUGUCCUGCAAAAAAGGUUUGGAGAUGGAAUUUGAAGAAAUCGCUUGUCCUUUGUUGCAACGCACCGCUGAUACUAAUAGGUUUUUGAGGGCCGAUGCCAAUGCUGCUUUGGAUGUUAUGUGUGAGCAAUUACCUGCGCAUAGAGUGAUUCCGGUGAUUACUUCUAAAGGUUGCGGACAUCAGAAUUCUAUAGUUAGAGCUGCCGCAAUACGGAUGCUAGGUGAUUUGGUCAAAAGACUAGGCGCUGAACGUAUAUUCCAAAUGCCCAAAGAACUAAAAGACAAAGUUCUUCUAGCUGGAGCAAACGCUUUGGCCGAUGGAAACCUAGAGGCAAGAUCGCAAGGAAAAUCCUUAAUAGGAUAUAUAAUGACACAUCCUAAUUUUCAACGGUCCUUGCAUGAGGCUGUGCCUCAAAGUUUGUUGAUGCACAUUUCAAAGUCUCUUGCCUCAAUUAAAACAUAGAAAAUUUAAUUUUAAUUUAUCUUCCACUAUUAUUUAAUUUGUAUUGUUAUUGUAGAAGGUUUACUCAAUGUUUAAUAAUAAAAAACAUAUUUCCAUAACAAAU